AUGAGAAGGCUAAGAAUUUUAAUCUUCUUGAAUGUGCUCCCGCUUGCACUGGCAUUCGACUGGGGUGACUUCCACAAGGUUGCCGUCAUCUUCUUCUCAUUCUUUGGACCAGGUGUCAUACUUGGUGCUAUAGCUAUCGUUGCCUAUUUCGCUUGUGUGAGAUCUUGGUACGAGUCAGUGCGAGAAGAAAUCCAUGAAACUCAUCGCUCCUUUCAUCCAUGGCCACCUGGAUCAGCAAAAUGGCAACUGCAGCAAUUCAUAAAUGGCAAAGGGCCACCACCUGUCGAGCAGCUGAAGAAAAUUCCACCAAAAUUUCCACCACCACAUGCUUCAGCGCCACCGAUUCAUCAACGUAUGACCCAUAUGUCAGCAGAAAAUCUACUAUCUCCAGGAAAACUUGUUUCUCCAAUGCCACAAAGUUCUGCUCAGCGAUCACAUUCACCGCACGAUCCGCGCACCACCGCUCAGCCGAACGUUACCUCAGGAGGUAUGAAUCAUUACACAACAAAGCCUACACCUUCCGCAUCCGUACCGCUCGAAGUUUAUUGUGCUCCGUCAACAACCUACGUACCAUAUCAAGUCACAAGUCCAAAUGACACCACCGGGUCUACACAACAUCAUUCACCCGGUUACACCAUGGUCGAUAAAACGCCAACGGGCGAUGUCAAUAUAUACAUGCAUUCGCCGAACAAUGGAGGGCAACAACUUAAAGCUAUUGCUGUCCGAACAACUACGACAACCAGAAAAACCACAAUACUCAGUCCAGUACCAAAAAGACCUUACACUGUAGUCUAAAUUAGUUUGUGGGAAAAUUACUUAAAUUCCUCAUAUUUAUUGGAUGUGCUCGUGUAAUUUUAAAUUUUCUCUUGUGCUUGAUAAAA